AAUACAUAGGGUAAAGAGAGUAAACACUGAAGAAGGAGUGGGGCAUGCCGUCAUUGAAUCAAUCAGAAUCGGCGACUUCCUUCCUUAGCUUUUUUUAUUUUGAUCUCUGACUUUUUUUUUUUUUUUCCCUUUCUUUCUUCUCUCACUUCAUUAUUAUUAUCAUUUCUUGACGCCUUUAUUUUGACCAUAUCAAUUACAUCAAACAGAUAGAAAUGUCUGGAGACGAAGCACCUUCGCUCUGGGAGCGCAUCUCUCUCCCUUCCAUUCCCAAGGAAGUUGGUCGCAAGAUUUCCCAGCUCGAGCAGGAAUUUGUGCGUGCUGAGCUUGAGCAGUUGCGUAAACAAAUCCCAGUUCUGCGCCCUCUCUACGCUAGACGAAAUGCUUUGGUAGCUUCCAAGGAGCUGCAGGAUGCCGAUUUCUGGCCCCGCGUCUUCGCCAACGCACCACAGGAAAUUGAUGAAUAUAUCCUCGCAUCUGACGCGGCUGUCAUCAGUCAAUGUCUCAAAAACUUGACCAUCGAGCGCUGCGAUGUCGACGAGAACGGCAGCGGCGGUGAUCCCCGCAGUGUGCGUUUCACAUUUGAAUUUGCCACGGGUGAGGAGGAAAACCCUUAUUUCACCAAUGCGCAGCUCGUCAAGGAGUUCCACUAUCGUACCAAAAUCUCCAAAACACCCAAGGGCAAGCGCCAUGUCUGGGAGGGAUACGUUUCGACUCCAGUGCGUAUCAACUGGAAGAAAGACCAGGAUUUGACCAAGGGAUUGCUCGAUGCUGCGUGUGACUUGUACGAGGCCGAGCAGAAGAAGGGUGCAGGUGUUGACCGCACUACUUUGCCCGAGUACGAAAAGCUCAUCACUAAGCUUGAAGAGGCCUCUGCUGAGGCUGAUGCUCUUGUCGGUGACGAGGAAGAAGAAGCUGACGAGGAGUACCUUCCCGGUGGCGUUAGCUUCUUCAAUUUCUUUGGAUACCGCGGCAACACCGUCACCGCGGAGGAAUCUGCCGCUGCUGAAAAGGAGGAGGCUGAGCGCUGGCAGAAGAUUGAGAAUGGCGAGAAGGUCGAUGAUGAGGAUGACGAGGAUGACGACGAGGAUGAUGACAUUGACGAAGAAGAGGAGAGCAUUGCGACUAUUGAGAUCUUCCCUGCUGCUGAUGAUAUUGCUGUCGCUUUGGCAGAUGACGUUUGGCCCAAUGCUCUCAAGUACUAUGUCCAAUCGUACGAAGUUGCCAAUGACUUUGAUGACGAGAUGGACAUUGAGGAACUUGACGACGACGAAGGCGAGGACGAUGAAGACCGUCCCGCUAAGAAGGUCAAGACCUAGAUGCUCGGAUAACCCAGUUUGACUUUGAAAAGUUUUGCCAUAAUUUUUGCCAGAUUUGUUUUAGAAUUUUUCACAGCACGAGCAAUAGGAUAAACAGGAGGACGAGAAUGACGAGUAGUAUUCCAAUACAACAAGUGGAAUACGUAUCUAUUAUACCAUUUGAUUAGUUUUCUUUCAAUUUCAAUCGAUUUCACACUUU